AUGGCUCCGAUUCCGCACAUCGGCAUCAUCGGCGCAGGCAUUUCAGGUCUCCGCUGCGCCGACAUCCUCAUCCAAAGCGGGGCCCGAGUAACAAUCCUAGAAGCAAGAGAUCGCAUUGGUGGGAGGGUGCACCAAUCAACAGUGGGAGACCAUGUGGUGGAUCUAGGCCCGAACUGGAUUCAUGGCGCGGGGGAGAAUCCUAUCAUGACUAUAGCGGAAGAAACAAAGACCGUCAUGUAUGAUCCCGAGGGUGGAGGGCAUAUCUCUUACUCGCGAGAUGGCCACCCGAUCAAUGACGAAGUGAGCGCUAAAGUCCAGGACUUUGUAUGGACUACUAUAGGAGAGGCCUUCAAAUACAGCAAUCACCACGGAAAAAGCAUCCCAGUCGAGCGAAGUCUGUUCGAUUUCUUCUGCGAUCGAGUCCAGGAAACCAACUUCUCAGAUGAAGAGAAACAGCACUGCCUCGAUGCCUGUAGACUCUGGGGUGCAUAUGUCGGCGAUCAAGUCGAUAAGCAGAGCUUGAGGUUUUUCCGCCUGGAAGAAUGUGUUGAUGGGAGCAACUUCGUCGUGGCAUCUACAUACAAACGCAUCCUAGAGCAUGUCGCAAAAAUCGCUGUGGCAAAAGCCGACAUCCGCCUCAACGAACCUGUCAAAAGCAUCAACGCGCCACCUCGCAACAACCAAUCACCAAUACAGCAGCACACAGUAACUGUAACGACAGCCACAGGAACAAGCUAUGACUUCGAUGAAGUAGUCAUAACAUGCCCACUGGGCUGGCUCAAACAAAACACCUCAGCAUUCACACCGGCCCUCCCACCCCGUCUCGAGCAAGCAAUAAACAACAUCUCCUACGGCCGACUGGAAAAGGUAUAUGUGACAUUCCCGCGCGCCUUCUGGCACACCAACAACACCAGCACCUUAAUAACCGCCACUCCCAACACGGUGUUCGCCCAAUUCCUCAAACCAUCCUACGCAACCCACCCAGCACACAUAGAAUGGAACCAAGAAUUCAUUUCACUCGCUUCACUCCCAGAACCACACGCGCACCCAACCCUGCUCUUCUACACAUAUGGCGAAAGCGGUGCAGAGAUAAUAAAUCGCAUCUCGCAGCACGCACCCUCAUCGCCCGAAUACAGAGAAUCUCUAAUCGAAACACUGCACCCAUUCUACUCCCGACUUCCCGGGUACAGCGCCGAGAACCCAGACUGUGUGCCAGUAGCUUUGCUUGCUACGCAAUGGCAGAAGGAUGAGUUUGCUGGGAAUGGAUCGUAUUGUAAUUUCCAGGUUGGGCUUGAAGAAGCGGAUAAGGAUAUUGAAGUUCUUAGGUCUGGGGAUGGGAUUGGACCGGUUAGGGGACUUUGGUUUGCUGGGGAGCAUACGGCGCCUUUUGUUGCGCUUGGGACUACUACUGGGGCGUUUUGGAGUGGGGAGAGGGUUGCGGAGGUGAUUUGUCGGGGGUUUGGGAUGGGAGAGGUUGGUAGAAUGGGGGUGAAGGAUGAUUCUUUGCCUUCUGCUGGGGAUGUGUCUUGA